AUGGUUUGGUCAACGGAAAUUACAAUCAGAGUAUACACCGAAGCAUCAAAAAUGAAACCGGCCGAUGUCAACGAGUCUAAUGAACAUGCUGUUUGGAGAAUCUUGUACGGUAAACAAUCAGCCCCCACCAAGUAUAAAUUGAAGGUAGGAGAUCAAGUCAAGGUCACUAAGCACAAGCGAAUCUUUCAGAAAGGUUAUCUGCCAUCCUGGACGGAGGAGACAUUAUCCAUUGCCCAACGAAUUCCCCGAGACCCUCCAGUGUAUCGCCUAAAGGAAGCAGACGGUGAUUUCAUUCAAGGCACCUUUUAUGAGCCAGAGCUACGGAAAGUACUAGAAAAGCCAGAUCACUUGUUUCGCAUUGAAAAAACUUUAAAGUAUCGUGGAAAAGGUGCUUCCAAAGAAGCGUUGGUUCAUUGGAAAGGCUGGCCCAAGAAAUACGAUAGUUGGAUUCCUUAUAAGCAGCUGGUGUCGUUACAGUAAACAUGAAACAGGAUGGAGAUUUUUACGUUAUACUUCCUAGUAAUGCCAAUACGAACUUAUUUCGUACCAACUCAGCUUCGUAUUACGGUCUUGCAUUACCUCGUCAAAUUCAUUUACCAGACGAAGAAGAUUGGGAAGUUGGACUUCAUCAUGUCAUUUAUCCAUUCUCUUGGUUCGAAGUCCCUCACCAAUGCAACCACCCCCAUCUCAUGUUGCGGCGAUUCAGAAGUCAGCACAUUGAAGAGUUCACCUUACCUGUUGAACGGUAUCGAGCAGCAUUAGAUGUGGUAGAAGGAUUGUUUUAAUGCAUGAACAAAGCCCCCACACCCUGGCACUUGAACAUAGCUAUUGAUAAUGAGUGGAACAUAACAAUCACAUCUCAAGACGUGUGGAUAAUGGUGACAGCCCCUGUUGCCCAAGCACUUGGAUGGAUAAACAGUGAAAACAAACCUCGUCAAGUAGACACGAUGGGUGUAAAAAUGAAUCCCUCAUUGGUCAAUGAUUUUGGACUAUACGAGGUGUGUGCUGCCCAUCCGUAAGUCUAUCACUUUUCGGGGUACCUAUGAAAUACCUCAGACAGUCUCUCUUUGUCGCUGUAAACACAGAGUAGUCCAAGUACACAAGAAUCUGAUCGAGCCUUGGCAGGUCGGUGACACACGACUGUCUUUGUUACACGAAAUGGUACCACACGGUUCAUUCCGACAGACAGUUAUGGAGCAACCUGAACACAUAAUCUAUCUACCCUUGAGAACCAAGACAUUUCAAACGAUUGACAUCUGUUUAACAAGUGGAUGUGGUCAGCCUAUAUCAUUUCAAGGUGGAACAAUGAACGUUGUGCUACAUUUUCGGAGAAGAACAAGAUGAGUAGUAGUUUUUACGUCGUGGUAGCCAGUGAUGCGAGCAUAGAUCAGUAUCCUGAGAACACACCUUCCAGUUUCAAAAUGCAACUCCCAAGUCAACUGCAUUUGAGUGAGGAUUGGGAAGUGGCCAUGACGCAUAUUAGUUACCCACAUACUUGGGAAAAUAUACACAGCAAUCAGGUGUCCUAUCUUUUACGUUACAAUGGUGAAAAGGAAUGGACCUUACCGAUUUAUUUACCCCGAGACACAUGCAGAACAGUCGAGGAUUUGAUCAGUGGUAUGGUGACAGGAUUAGAAAGUGCCUUUCAGACAUUUAUAUCAAGAGUGGAAAGAGGAUCAAACGUCUUGGAGGCAAAGAAUGUUUCCACAUUCACGAAAAAGUCAAAUAUUACUAUGAAUUGUACUUACCCACAGGAUUUCAAGUGAUAUUACCCAAGAACCUGGCUCGAACUUUAGGGUAUUUGAACCAUCGAGAUCUCGUACCAGCCCUUGAUCGCACCAGUAGUCCUACAUCUGUUCAACUAAAUAAGAACCAGAGUGUGACCCUUACAGCUACCACCACCACGAUACGACGAAACGACGAAUUGGUAUGGGGAAUGUUAAGCAAGCAUUCGUUUCAAACCAUGUAUGUCUACUCUGACCUAAUAGAGUCCUUAGUGGUAGGGGAUGUACAAGCCAAUCUGCUGCGUAUGAUAUUACCUCGCGGUCAGCCGGGUGAAAUGGUAGCAGACGAAAUCAAACGCCCUACCUAUCAUCGAUUGCGAACAUCUAUUUUCUCCUCGGUGGAAAUGAAUUAA